GGAUUUGCCCCAGGGGCAGAGCCUGCAAGACGUUGGCCCAGAGCGCGCCUGGCAUUCAGUCCUCCAGAGGGGAAAGGAACUGAGCUUUGUUUGCUAGAGAGGCAGGAUGUGGUCAUGCAAAUGGGAGGGAGGGAGACAACAGUGAAGCAAGGAAGCAAACAGGCUUGAUUAAUUUCCUAAGAGGAGGAGGAGGAAGGCUGAAUCGUGGCGAGGACGCAAGAGAAAGGAAGAAGUGCAGCAGUGGGGGGUCUGGUGAACUUUGAGGAGGAGGAGGAGGCAGCAGCUGUGCAUUUCACGGAGGAGGAGUGGAUCUCCUGGAUCCGGGCCAAAGCGAUCCGCGCAGGGAAGCCAUGGAGGAGAAUUAUGAGAUUGGAGCCUCUUUCAAAUCGGAGCUGAAUUCCUGUUUGGAAGACGGAGAGGAUCUUCUUAUUCAGGUUCCCAAAGAGGAGGAGACCUCAGCAGAACGAGACCUCGCUUCCUGUAAGGAAGAAGAAAGUCUGUUUAUCCAGGUCCGCAAAGAAGAAGAGGAGGAGACCUCAGCAGAGCUAGGCUUCAUUUCCUGUUGGGAAAGAGGAGGAGAAGAAGAUCCACUUGUCCAGGGUCUCAAAGAAGAGGAGGCGGAGACAUCAGCAGAACCAGACCUCAUUUCCUGUUGGGAAGAAGAAGAUCCGGUGAUGCAGGAACCCAAAGAAGAGGAGGAGACCUCAGCAGCCAACACCCGGGAAGCAAUGCCGCUCGCUGCCAUUCGCAAGGGGAGGUAUUGGCGCCCCAACGAGAUCCUCCUCAUGCUUUCUUUCCUCAAGAAUUGUAGGAAAGCGGUGCGACUUAUGGGGAGCACCCCCCUUCUGACAGCUCCAAUUUUUCGUUCGGUGGCACGUCAGCUGGGGGACGCUGGGUAUGUGCGCACAGCAGCACAGGUGCGUUCGCGGUUCAAGAGACUGAAAGCAGACUUUUUUGCUGCAAUGGAAAAAUUCCAAGGGCCUCCCCCACCGCAGAAAAGACCACCGUAUUUCAAACAGCUUUACUGCUUGUGGAAGGAAGGGGGGCGUCCUUCGUGGGUGGAUCGGCGGCCGGCUGUGCAUCCACAACCAGAGCAAUUGUCCUCGGAAGAGGAGGUGCAGGAAGCACAACGUGAAGAGCACCAGCGUGCUCAAGAGGGGGACUCUUCUUCUGGGGAAUGCCCACCAGACAGCCCGAAGCAACCAGUGUGGUAUGUUGACAUCUGUACACAAACGGAGACGGUGACAGGAUCAACACAGACCACAGUUCUUGCGGAUGUCAUCUGCAGAACACAAGUCAUUGAGAGCAAAUUUUUCACUCUAGCAGUUGGAGACCCGAGUAAAGGCCCUCGAGGACGUCAUGACACAAAUGCAGCACAUGUGGGUUGCUGGACUCGACCAGAGGUUGAAAGUGAUUGAGGACUCAUUUUAUAGAGCACAAGCAGUGGCAAGGCAGGCUCCUGUCCACCGUUAAAAUUUUACAAUUCAGAACCGGCCAGAGAGACAGACUUUUCCUUUUUUUUGCACAUGCCUUUCCUGGAUGAUGAGCGAGCUGGUCAGUUGCCACACAUAAUUCCAGAAUGUUAUCUCCACAACCUCUUCCACUGCACUUGGUCGGAGAAGUGUGAACCUUGCUCUGCAACGAGCCAUGCUUUGGCUCCUUCAAGGUUCUUUAAUAUUGUUUGGUCUGCCGGCUCUUAACAUGUUGACCCUAGGCCAAGAUUUGCAGAAGACUGCCUUUGGUGCCAUGCAAUUUAACUUGCUUUAAGUAAAGGGGGGAGACUCUGUGUUAAGUUUAGUUAGUAACUUUGUGUUGCACUGGUUCUGACUAUGCCUCUGUGCAUCAAGAACCUGUGUUUUGUUUACAUUUCUGGUGUUUCUGUGUGCCCUGCCAGCUCACGUUGUUUACCGUUCUCAUCCCAGCUACGGUAUAACUCCCACUUGGGACCCCUCUCACAAUGGCCAUUCCAGGUUGUUUUGGUAUGAAUAACAACAUGAGUAACUUUUAUUAGAGCAUAUAUGUUGUCUUUGUUUAUGAUACUGUCUAAACUGUUAUAAUUUGUGGUGCUCAGGUUUUUUAAUCAGUGAAAGUAAAACUUCAUUUGAAAAAAGGAACGCCUCAUUUAACACGUGGAGAAAA